AUGAGAAACCCGUUUUCAAAGAAACCUAAGAACCUCUAUAACAAUGAUAAUAAUAAUAAUACCGAGAUCACCAAGGAAUCAGCAAAUAUAGAUCCCUUGACCACAAUCAAGAAAACUUCCUCUCCCAGCAGAAGAUCGCUGGGUUUACAAACAAAUUUCACGAGCCCCAUUAACGGUCCUCCUCCUUCACAAACCUCUCCCACAUCCACUAAACCCCCCAACAAACUUCCGAGGCCGAUCCCAUUACCAAAAAUCGAACCAAUUAAUGAUGGACUGAAUCAUAAUUCAUUCUCAUCCACUAAUAAUAAUAAUAAUAAUAAUAAUAAUAAUAAUAAUAAUAAUAAUAAUAAUUCCUUCUCUUAUGUGAGCAACUUCAACACAAUGUCAAGGAGAGGUACUUUUAGUUCAACCUAUUCAUACUCCAGCACAAAGAGCAAGAAUAUCCACACUGCUCAUGGUUUUGAUGGCUCAGUUAUGGCAAAUAAAUCUAUGGCAAGUAUCGCAAAUCCCUCUAGUAGAUUGGAACGAUCAUCGACUAUCAACUACGAUAUUUUUAAGCUCGGAGACCCCAUAGAUACAAUGUUUGAAAAUUGUUCAGCUUUGGAUGUGUGCCUAAUGGAAAACCAUGAGGAAAGUGCUACUUUAUCAAACAAUAAGGGCAAACAAAAAAUAAAAAACUAUACUGAGGAAUGCUGCAUACAAGAAGAUUGUGUAACCAAUGCAGAUAACCAACUCGACAACAAAAAUGUCUUCAUUCCAGAAAUCAUAAAAAAUUGCAAUAUUCUCCACGCUGGGUUCGGUGGUUGGGUCGUGCUUAAGCAAUUGAAGCCUAAAUACGAUCCCAAUAAUCAACUAGUGGUCAUUAAGACCUUCAAGAAGCCUGACGCUCAAAAUAAAGCCGAUGCCAAUCCUCUAUAUGAUUUCAUUUGUCAGAAUGAGUACGAAAACAUGGUUCAUUUGAAAAACCGUAACAUUAUCCCGGUAUAUAAUCUUUGCAAAGAUAUCUUGGAUUCCGACAGGUAUUAUUGGUCGUUGGCGCUACCAUUUUAUAAAUAUGGGGAUUUAUUUUCGAUUCUUGUAAAAUGUGAUAAACAAAAAGUUAAAUUUCCUGGAAAUUUGAAGGAAAACUUAUUCAAGCAAAUGGUAUCGGCAAUCAAAUUUAUUCAUGGGAAAAAUAUCGUUCAUUGUGAUAUUAAACUAGAUAAUUUUUUGAUCGAUGAUGGAUUUACCAUCAAGUUGACAGAUUUUGGCAUGAGUAUCAAUUUGAACAAAUAUCAAUCGUUAUCAACAUUAGAAGACAAGAUUUGUUUUAUGAAAAACAUUGAUUUACCGAAAAUUGGCACCAAGAGUUAUCGACCCCCAGAGGUGUUCUUUAGUGAUAAGAAAUCACAUCAACUUGAAGAAUUCCGACAUCAGGCAUUUGAUCCCUCCAAUACAUCCCAUGACCAAUGUGUUAAAUGUUAUGAAGCAAUUUUUCAAAAUAUUAAAAAGCUUGAUAUUUGGGCUCUCGGUAUUUGCUACUUGAUUCUAACUUUGAGCCUUUUUAAACCCUGGGAUUUUGCUGAUCGGUCCACGGAUAAGGUGUUUGCGAAAUAUUUUGUGAUUUACAAACAAAGUGAUUUUUUAACUAAAGGGUUGCCUACUAAUAAUAACCAAGAAACCAAUAAGAAACUCGAGAAUUUAAUUGCUAAUAAUUUAGAACUGUUGAAUUUUGUCAAGAAGUUAUUAUUCGACUCGCGAGGGGUAAUUCUAAAGAUGCUCAGCGUGGAAAAUGACCAAAGGAUUUCGAUUGAUGAAAUUAGUGAGUCUAAUUGGAUCACCAAUAUAAAUUUCUGCUCUACCAAUGAGUUUUCACUGGUGUUUGAUGAGAUUUUCAAAUGA